GCAAUUCUCGCGAUAUUCGCGCGGUCCAUGUCUGAGCAAUAAUGGCCGCCCUCCGAAUGAUAGCUGGAACGGGUAGUAACAGAACGUUCAAACUGGGACGUGAAAGCUGACCGAUAAUCAAGAAAAAUAUCCUGGCACUCCCUCCCCUACCCGGUUACUGAACGGAUGGGAAGAGGGGGUCAACCCCAAGCAACGUAAAGAAUCUAAACACAGACAAGUUAGGCGGACAAGUGAAAGGCUGCACAGCAUAACGUUAGCAUAGCAAGCAAGAGGAACGCAGACAGGCACGGUUUGUCAAAGGGUCUAAAUACAGUGGACGUCGGGAGCUUAGGGACGGACGAUAUCCUUGGUGCUGCAGCUAGUAUGAGUGGACCUGGGCAGGACAGCGAACCGGAGGCAAAAGUACUUCACAUCAAGCGACUGUACAGGGCUGUAGUGGAGUCUGUUCACAAGCUGGAUGUCAUCAUCAGCAACAAGUCGUCAUACAGGGAGGUGUUCAAGCCAGAGAAUAUCAGCCUGCGUAACAAGCUACGAGAGCUCUGUGUGAAGCUGAUGUUCCUUCACCCGGUGGACUAUGGCCGCAAAGCCGAGGAGCUUCUGUGGAGGAAGGUGUAUUAUGAGGUCAUCCAGAUGAUUAAGACCAACAAGAAGCACAUUCACAGUCGCAGCGCUCUGGAGUGUGCCUACAGGACUCACCUGAUUGCGGGCGUGGGCUUCUACCAGCACCUGCUGCUCUACAUCCAGUCCCACUAUCAGCUAGAGCUGCAGGACUGCAUUGACUGGACACAUGUCACUGACCCUCUCAUAGGUCGUAAGAAGCCGGUGUCGGCCACUGCCAAAGAGAUGGAAUGGGCCCAGAUGGCUUGCCACCGCUGCCUGGUGUACCUGGGUGACCUUGCGCGGUACCAGAAUGAGCUGGCGGGCGUGGAGGCGGAGCAGCUGGCAGAACGCUUCUACCACCAGGCCCUGUCCGUCACCCCGCACGUCGGAAUGCCUUUUAACCAGCUGGGGACGCUAGCGGGGAGCAAGUUCUACAACGUGGAAGCUACCUACUACUACCUGCGCUGCAUACAGUCGGAGACGCCGUUUGAGGGAGCCUACGGGAACCUGAAGCGGCUGUUUGACAAAGCAGCCAAGAUGUACCACCAAGUGAAGAAGCAGGAGAUCAAGAAGCUUUCCCCCUCAAGGCAGAGGUCUAAAGACAUCAAGCGACUUUUGGUGAGCUUCAUGUACCUGCAGAGUCUGUUACAGCCCAAGAACAGCGUGCUGGAAACAGAGCUGACGUCUUUGUGCCAGUCGGUGCUGGAGGACUUUAACCUGGUGCUCUUUUACCUGGCCACGCCCGCGCACGGCAGCAUAUCGGCCGGCGAGGAAGAGGAGGAGCACGACACCGGCUGCUCCUUCCUACCUGACACCCUGGUCUUCAAGAUGGUGGUCACCUGCCUCAUGGUGGUCCACAGCCUCAAGAGGGGAGGUUCGAAGCAGUACAGCGCAUCUAUUGCCUUCACACUGGCCCUGUUCUCCCACCUGGUCAACCACGUCAACAUCCGCCUGCAGGCGGAGCUGGAGGACGGAGAAAGCGAGGUGCCGCCUCUGCACACGGACAACCCAGAUGACCCGGACACGAGAGAGACCGCAGGGCCCGGGCCCUUAGAGGAGGAGGGCCUUCCAAACGGCACCGGGGGCGAGGAGGAGGAGGAAGAGGAGGACGAAGGGGAGGGGGUGGGCAGGACGAAGGGCGGGCUGCAGCUGGAGGAGGAGAAGCAGAAGCAGAAGAAGAAGUACUCGCGCCUCUCCAUGCUCCGCCGCCGCCGCUGCGUUCGCAAGGAGGACGAGAGCGACCUGAGCGAGGGCUUCCAGAGCGACGAGGACGAGGAGGAGGACGAGAGGGCCCAGGCCGACAGCCCGGGGGCCGCGGGGCCCCCCGCCGCCGGCCCCGCCCUGGGCAAGGAGGCCAAGCGCGACCGGCUGCCCGUGGAGGGGGGCUGGGAGAGCGGGUCCGAGGAGGAGGAGGGUGGGACGGCCUUCGACGUGGAGACGGACUCCGACAUGAACAGCCAGGAGUCCCGCUCUGACCUGGAGGACAUAGAGGACUCGGAGAGCCCGCCCCGAGACCCCCAGCAGCAGCAGCAGCAGCAGCAGCAGCCACAGCAGCCCCCCAGGGAGGAGCGGUCCACGCCCCCCGCCACCAACGGGCCCCUCCUGCCCAGCGACCCCAGCAUCAGCAGUAACCUGCAGGCCAUGUCCUCCCAGCUCUUCCAGGCCAAGCGCUGCUUCCGCCUGGCCCCCACCUUCAGCAACGUACUGCUCCGCCCCCAGCAGGCCUGCAGCCCCACCCCCGACUCCGCCCCCCCACAGGAGACCUCGUUACCCGGGGAGACGGCCCGCACUAUUAGCCCCAACACAGCCAAUGGAACAAACGAUAAUGAGGGAGAGUCAGACUCUGAGGGCAGCGAGCACAGUAACCAAUCAUGCCACAGUGAGAAGACCCUCUCCGAGAGACUGGAGAUUCUGACCAAUCAGGGCCUCAUCCAGGUUGUCAAAGUCUUUGUGGAUUGGCUCAGAACAAACACUGACAUCAUUGUCAUGUGUGCACAGAGUUCUCAGAGCCUGUGGAACAGACUGUCCGUGCUGCUCAACCUUCUGCCCGACGGCAACAAGAUGCUGGAAGCAGAGCUGGGGCUGAACCCAGAGGUUACGGAGCUCCUGCAGGAGUGCGAGCGCCCCGGACUCACCCAAACCCUGCUGCUGCCCGAGGACCUGGCGCUGCGCCACCUGCCCGCCCUCAGCCUGGCACACCGCAAACUCGACUUCACACGCGAGAGACCCGCCCUCAGCCCGCUGCAGGAGUGUGUAGUGCGUCUGUGCUGUAUUCGCAGUUUUGGCCACUUCCUGACCAAUCUCCAGGGCAACGUGCUGCACUUCAACCCGGAGGCGGGCAUCUUCACCAGCAUCAGCCAAUCGGAGCAGGAGAACCUGGUGCAGCAAGCCAAGGCCCAGUUCCGCAUGGCCGAGGAGGAGGCCCGUCGCAACCGGCUGAUGAGAGACAUGGCCCAGCUCCGCCUACAGUUGGAGGUGUCCCAGCUGGAGGGCAGCCUGCAGCAGCCCAAGGCCCAGUCCUCCAUGUCCCCCUACCUGGUGCCCGACACAGCCGCCCUCUGCCAGCACCUGGGCAUCCUGCGCCAGCUCGCAGGGAGCGGCUGCUUCAUCAUCAUCAUCCCCCGCACAGUGAUCGAUGGUCUGGACGUGCUGAAGAAGGAGAACGCAGGAGCGAGGGACGGAAUCCGCUUCCUGGAGUCGGAGUUCCGCAAGGGCAACAGAUACAUCCGCUGUCAGAGGGAGUCUGGGCGGAGCUUUGAGAGGGACAAGCUCAAGCGGCUGGACAUUGAGGCGUGGCACCUGUACAAGAUGGUGGACAGCUGCCGUCAGCUGACCGUCUCCCAGAGCAACGGCGAUGAGGACACGGCGGGCAUGGUCACCAUCCUUACGGGACACUCCACGGAGGACCUGUCGGCUCGCUCCCCGUCCAUGAAGUCGGCAGUCCAGGCUGUGGCUGCAGCAGGCAUGGAGCUGAAGAACAUUCUGGAGUUCUACCGGCAGUGGAAGGAGAUUGGCUGAAAGCGUGAGAGGGCGCGGUCGGCACGGCGGUCAGCUGAUCACACACUCACUCCCUCUCUCUCUCCCACUAUUUUGCUCUGUCUGUAUCCACGUCUCCAGGAAACAUAAAUAAAGAAGGAACGAAAGAGGGUGGAAAAAAGUGCAACAGUAGGGGAAAGAAAAGCAAGAAAUGGGCCUGGGGGUUACUAAAAAAAACGUCCGCAGAUCCCUACCCCAACGGAGGAAACGAUUCCAAAAGUUGGGGUGGGGGUAAGAAAGGGGGACAAAACAACCAAGUGCUCCCUGUACACGUCAUAACCAGGUAUAUACUCUGUAUGGAUAAAUGAGUAUAUACGCGCCGAGAGAGAAAUUUACACAGACACACACACAAAUAUAUAUCUAGAGAAGUGCUUUUGUAUUUUUGUUUCAUUCUUUUACCCUGAGUUCUUGUGGAGAUGAGGGGACACAAUCAGGAAGCCUGUGUUUGGUUUGCAUGGCUACAGCUGGGUUGUAACAGUAACCUGACAGAAAGCAAGAGGGGGGGAAAAAAAGUCCCUGAAGAACAUCUGUCCAGUGUUCAGCCCCAAAACCAACUGGGACUUGAAGCUUAAAGGGCAGAAAAGGAAUCAGGUCAGUGGAUGUACACUUCUUAGGAAUUGUUUUCUCUCAUAUGUGGCUGAUCUAUUUUUUAUUUUUUUGCUGUGUAUUUUUGUGACUGGUGACAAAAGUAUUGUAUUGUCUGUAUGGAGGGGAAGAUCUACAAAGGCAGGUUGCACCCUGGCUGUUUGAAUUUGAUUUUAUUUUUGUAUGUCGUACUGUAAAUUUUGCUUUUGUAAGCUGUUAUAAAGAAACGGAAAUUACGGGGAUCGGGUCAGUGUCUUGUAACGUUCCUGAAACUCACAUCAUGCCUCUUUUAUGAAACUAUCCCCACUUCCUGCCAAGGCAAGGUCUGUGGGGGGGUGGGCCCGGAUCCUUGGUCAGUCUAUAGACAUACAUGGUCCAAGUAGACGGUAGACCCAACGAGUGGACUGCUGUAAAACUUUGGUUCUGCAGCAUCUCCACCUUUCUGAAAUCCAAGCGCAGUUCACAAAAUUCCCUUCCCACACAUCUACCAUUACUACUCCAUACUUCCUGUUUCAUAAUGCACUGUGCAGAGGAAUCCAACGUGUGUGGCCACGCAUUAAACAAUAAAAUGUUUCGUUUACGAA